UCGGCGGCGGCUGCGGGAACUUUCCCAGCGGAUCUAAUGGCUGCGCGCGGGCCGCUGUGAGGCGCGGCGGCGAGCGACGGGCGCGGGGCCGCGGAGCCGCGAGAGAGCGAGCGAGCGAGCGAGCGCGAGGCCGGAGCCCCGGCCAGGCCCGGCCGACCCGCCGAGCCCGCGAUGCGUCCCGGGGCCGCCCCCCAGCGCAGCUGACGCCCCGCGGCCCCGCGGAGACCCCGGCCGGCCGGUCCCGGAGGAAGCGGCCGCCGCCGCCGCCCAGCCCAGCGCCCGCGCCGCCCGGGCACCAUGGCGGGGAAGGCGGCCGCCCCGGGCACCGCGGUGCUGCUGGUCACGGCCAACGUGGGCUCGCUCUUCGACGACCCAGACAACCUGCAGAAGAACUGGCUUCGGGAAUUUUACCAGGUCGUGCACACGCACAAGCCACAGUUCAUGGCUCUGCACUGCCAGGAGUUCGGAGGGAAGAACUACGAGGCCUCCAUGUCCCACGUGGACAAGUUCGUCAAAGAACUGUUGUCGAGUGACGCAAUGAAAGAGUAUAACAGGGCUCGGGUCUACCUGGACGAAAACUACAAAUCCCAGGAGCACUUCACGGCACUAGGAAGCUUUUAUUUUCUUCACGAAUCCUUAAAAAACAUCUACCAAUUUGACUUUAAAGCCAAGAAAUAUAAAAAGGUCACUGGCAAAGAGAUCUACUCCGACACCUUAGAGAGCACGCCCAUGCUGGAGAAGGAGAAGUUUCCACAGGACUACUUCCCCGAGUGCAAAUGGUCAAGAAAAGGCUUCAUCCGGACGAGGUGGUGCAUUGUAGACUGUGCCUUUGACUUGGUGAAUAUCCAUCUUUUCCAUGAUGCUUCCAAUCUGGUUGCUUGGGAAACAAGCCCUUCUGUGUACUCAGGCAUCCGGCACAAGGCACUGGGCUACGUGCUGGACAGAAUCAUCGAUCAGCGAUUCGAGAAGGUUUCCUACUUUGUCUUUGGUGAUUUCAACUUCCGGCUGGAUUCCAAGUCCGUCGUGGAGACGCUUUGCACAAAGGCCACCAUGCAGACUGUCCGGGCCGCCGACACCAACGAAGUUGUGAAGCUCAUAUUUCGUGAGUCGGACAAUGACCGGAAGGUUAUGCUCCAGUUAGAAAAGAAGCUGUUUGACUAUGUCAACCAGGAGGUCUUCCGGGACAACAACGGCACUGCGCUCUUGGAGUUUGAUAAGGAGCUGUCUGUCUUUAAGGACAGGCUGUAUGAACUGGACAUCUCGUUCCCACCCAGGCCCUCAGAGAGCCCCUCGCGCCCCCUGGCAUCCCAGAAAGGUCGUAACACACAGGCCCUGCGGACCCUGACCCUCAGCUUUCCCAGGGCGCCCAUGCUGGCUGUGGGCUUGCUCUUCAGCAUUUGCCUUUCCUCCAGGCCCAGGCCUGCUGACAGUACCCGCCCCCCAGGACAGCCGCUCUGCAGCCAGAGAGCCCAUGCUCCCAAGUCGCCGCAGUGGGGGUCUGGGUGUGCCGCUGGCCAUCAGGUGGCUCCUGUGGCAGCUUCCGGAAUGUGGGGGCACUGUGUGUCUUCCGCAGAGGCCGUGGUGCUGCGGUCAGAGAGCGAGGAGAAGGUUGUCACCUAUGACCACAUUGGGCCCAACGUCUGCAUGGGAGACCACAAGCCCGUGUUCCUGGCCUUCCGAAUCAUGCCCGGGGCAGGUAAACCUCACGCCCAUGUGCACAAGUGUUGUGUCGUGCAGUGACAUGGUGGGAAGAGAUGCCAGCGCCACGAGAGGACCCUUUGUGAGCCCUCCCUGUCGCCGUAACGGAAUGCGCACUCUUCAAAGCUGCAUCGAGAGCCCACCCGAGCGCCACCUGCUAGACGACCAGCCCACACUUCGCUUCAGCCUCCGGACCGUUCCGGAGCAGCCUCACAUACCUCACUGUCGUGUCUGUUCAUAUGACAUUAAGUAGAAACGUUUUUUUUUUUUUUAAAUAAGUCACAGUCCUGUUGUCAAAACUCUAAUAGACAGCAAAGAGGGUCUAUACCGUAGACUUCACAGUUUUCAGUUUUUAAUGAUUGUGGGUGGAGGGGCUUCUCCAGCACGGAGACCCCCGUGUCCAGAGACUCCCUCUGCCAGGUGGAGGUGCGUCCAGGGGCUGGGGAAGCCGAGACGGGCACUCCCUCUGCCGGGCGGCAGCGUGGCCCCGAGCACGCCGGGGAGUCUGUCUCUGCCGAUGCCCCUCCCGAGGUGGGCCGUGUCACAUGGUUUUUGAAUCACACUGCAGCUGCUUUCCAUUUUUAUAUAUAUAAAUAUAUAUAAAUAUAUACUUUUUAAAAAUAAUUUAUAAACCUUACCAAAACGUAUGCUCAAUGUACUUUCCAGUAUGAAUGCACAAGAGUCCCAUCCGCAGGCAGCGCUGGCGUCUGGGAGCACAGCCGUGUGUCCAUCCGCGCGGAAACUUGUAAAGAACACAUGGGCUCGCCCCGGGGGUGAAACCGGCCCCACGCACGUCUGCCCCGGCGGCCCGUUACGCCCAUCCGUUCUUCUGUGUAGUAUUAACAACUGAAUGUGAAGUUUAUCGCUAGCCUGGGUGUACCUUUGAAGAAUUUUGUAAACCGUUUGUCUGUCUUUUGUUACUGUUUCAUGGUGCCAAGUAUUCUACAUUACAACAAUAUCAUGGGAGAAAUAGAAAUAGCCUAGUUUGCUUCCAAUAGAAACUGCUUUUAACAUGGGCUGUAUAUAAAAAUAUUAGAGAGAAACAAACUGUACAUUUCCUCCAUGCUCCGCUGCAGACAACCCAUGUAUUAACCUUGUCGCAAAUAUUUUUCUCCUAGCACUAAGUACAGCAUUAAAAGGUGAUGAGUCUGUUGAUGACACACAAUGUAUGUUUUAUUGAUUUUACUUUAGAACACUACAGAGUUCCUGGCCGGUGAGGGCAUUUAGUGGAUGUUUCUGUCUAUCGCUACCAUUGCAAGUGAUCUGGUGUCCGCGGCUGAGUUGUUCCUGGCGGGAGGACUGGGUCUGUCCGUGUCCCUGCUGUGGUCACUGGCUCCGCGGCCACAGUUCCAACACGGAGUCCGCCCCACGGGUGUCAGCUCUUGGUCAUUCUGAGGGCCUUUAGAAGUGACUGGUCUGGUUCCUAAGCAAUAAAAUUGACCAUGGUGAAAACA